AUGUGGAACAAAACAGGCGUGCUCGGUAAAAGCGCCAUCUUACAACAACUUCUCAGCAUCAUUGAAGAAGGCCGUCGCCAGUCAUUAUACCGCCCACCGGGGGCUUCGGUUGUCGAUUGCACGGUGGCCGCAGAUGCGUUGAGGCAAAUCCUUACAAUAACACACGACCAAGGACAAGAGCUUAUGAGCGACCUAAAGGCUCUUGGAGCCCAUAGAAUUUUAACUCUUUCCGCUCUGAUGAAGUACGAUAUGCCAGAAACUCCUCUCUUGUCGACUGUGUUGAAAUUGAAACACAAUCGGUAUACCGAUCUAGAGAUCGACCGACUCAAAAGGAAAUGGAGUUCUUCCCCUCCAAGGACAAGGCAAGCGAUCGUUUACGCAGCAGAACUAUUCGAAACCGUGCGAUCUACCUAUUGCACACAUUACUCUGCGCCAGCGCUCUUGUUCCAAGCCGUGUUGGUGUUGUGGCUCUACUCUGUCAUCUUGGGCCAGUCACAAGAGUUCCCAUCUGAUGCACCCUCUGUCAUCAUAGGUUCCGCAAAUCGGAGUAACAUGAACCGGGAUCAGUGGAUAGAAACUGGUCUGGGGCGUGUCAAAAUCCCGGGAGUGGGCAGCUUUCUGUCUCCACUAGGCCUAGAAAACCUCUUGAACCAGUCAAUAUCUGCGAUGGGGGGCCUCAAGUGGUGGGGAAUCAGCAAGAUCUAUCUGCAGCUUUUGGCUCGACUGCGCGCCAAAUAA